UGCGCGCGAAACUCCGGCCUAGAAAACUACUUCGCUCACCUCGACUCAGUUGUUGAACCUCCUCUCUCUCUCUCUCUCUCUCUCUGGGUUGUUCUUCUUAAAGGAAAUGGAGGUGUCUCAGAAGAAGCAGGUUUACCUCUUCUACUGUUCCGAAUGUGAAGACCUUGCCCAGAAAGUUGCUUCUCAAUCUGACUUCAUUACCCUUCAGACCAUCAAAUGGAGGAGUUUUGAUGAUGGAUUUCCCAACAUUUUUAUAAACAAUGCUCAAGUACUUAGAGGUCAACAUGUUGCCUUUCUGGCAUCCUUCAGCUCCCAAGGAGUUAUCUUCGAACAACUUUCUGUGAUUUAUGCACUGCCACGACUUUUUGUUGCCUCCUUUACUUUGGUAUUGCCUUUUUUCCCAACUGGUUCCUUUGAGCGAAUGGAAGAAGAAGGGGAUGUUGCCACUGCUUUUACCCUUGCCAGGAUGUUGUCAAAUAUUCCCAUUUCAAGAGGAGGCCCCACUAGUUUGGUCAUAUAUGAUAUACAUGCUUUGCAGGAAAGGUUUUACUUCGGGGACCAUGUUUUGCCUUUGUUUGAGACGGGCAUUCCUCUCUUAAAGCAACGCCUGCACCAGCUUCCUGAUUCUGACAAGAUAGUUGUUGCAUUUCCCGACGACGGUGCUUGGAAACGAUUUCACAAGCAGUUGGAUCAUUUUCCCAUGGUGGUAUGCAAUAAGGUUCGCGAAGGCGAUAAGAGGAUAGUUCGAAUCAAGGAGGGAAAUCCUGCUGGUUACCAUGUUGUGAUUGUUGAUGAUUUGGUCCAAUCUGGAGGGACGCUGAUUGAGUGCCAGAAAGUAUUGGCGGCUCAUGGUGCCUCCAAGGUUAGUGCCUACGUGACUCACGGCGUCUUUCCUAAGCGUUCAUGGGAGCGGUUCACACACAAAGAUGGGUUGGAGAAGGCAUUUGCCUACUUUUGGAUCACAGAUUCCUGCCCGCUUACCGUCAAAGCCAUAGCAAACAGAGCUCCUUUCGAAGUUUUAAGCCUUGCAGGAUCUAUUUCCGAAGCUCUACAAACUUGAAAGUAGUGGGACAUCAUCCAUAUGUCAUCGUUGCUUGGGAAAGGAAAAGUAGCUGUGGCUUGACUCUUGUUUUGAAAGCGUAUUUCUCGCUUUCUGUUACUAUUAACAUCCAUAAUUGAUACCGAUUUGCUACAGAAAUUACCGUCUAUGGUAAAUUCCCUCAUGGUGUGGAAUAAUCAAACUUACAGAUUACAAACAUGACCGCAAUAUUUCCUUUCCAUUUAGACAACGCAGAAAAAAUGCAUGUUGAUUGAGAUCGGCUUCUAGCUGAAUUAUCAAGAAGAAAACAAACAUGAAAA